CUACAUUUUAUAGAAUUUAAGUGAGAAUAUUCAGAAUGUUACGUCGUUUCUCGGCUACAUUUAUACAAAGUCGGGGCAUAAAACACCAAGUAAAAAUUAAAUGGGUUCGACCUGCCUAUGUGCCGGCUUACAAACCUGAAAAAUCUGGUGACUUAGAGAAUAUAGCCAACAUUCCGCAGGGUGCUCUAGGAAAGGACUACGCGCUAAGCGAUGAAAUAAAAGAUGCACCAGAAUCUGUGAAAAAAAUAUUUUCUGUUGCUCAUCUAGGCCAAAAAGAAUACAAUGCUCUAGUGACAAAGGAUUUGAUUGAUAGAGUACGACGACAUAACUAUGAUGAGAACACUGCUGAGACUAGAAUUGCAAGACUCACUGGACAUAUAAGAUGUCUACAAGAAACCAUGGAAAAGUAUCCCAAAAAUGUCAAGGCAAAGCAAACAGUCCAAGAACUGAUUGAUAAGAGGAAAAAGAUGCUCAAAUAUCUACGACAAUAUGAUUAUAAAAAAUUUGAAUGGCUGUUAGAAAAACUGAAUAUUGAAUACAAGGGUCAUCCAGAUACUUUUCAUAAAUUGUCAAGAAAAGAAUCACUAAGAAAACUUACAGAAAUGCACUGUGAGGAUAUUCGUAAUAAGAAAUUGACAGAUUAUAGGAAUCUAUUAGAAAGUCAGCAGGGUCCAUUUCUAAGCUCAAAGCUUGAAGCUUUGAAGUUCAUAAAGAGUGAACAGACAGAAUUGCAACUUGCAGUCACUGUUUCGGACCAAGACAUUAAAAAGGUGGAACAACAAUUAGAAGAAUGGACAAUAAAAGAUCAAAUCAAGCAACAGUCUAUGAAAAGAAAAAAGCAAGUUAUUUUAGAUUAACUUUGGUUUUAUGUAUAAUGUGACUAAUAGGAAAUAUAUCUAAGUUGUAGAAAAAUUGUUUGUAAUUAUAUUUUCUGUUGUGGCCUGAACAAUUUAGUUUUGUUUACAACCUUAAAAAGUAGAUUGUCUUGUACUAAAGUGUAUUAAAUGUACGUCAAGAUACUGUGAGUACAGUUUGCCGAGAUGAAUAUCGAGCGAGUUCCCGUAGUAGCAACAAACGAAGACGUGUGAAGGUAGACGCAUAUGUCUGCC